AUGCACAUUCCAGUCAACUUCCGCCAAUUUGACAUCCGUCAGGAUGGUCCGGGCAACAUUAUCAACAAUCCCAACACCAACACCAAUAGUACCGAUAAUAGCCCGGAUAAAAACCACGCCUCCGACAAUGAUAACUCGAGCAGGAAUAAUAUCAUUAUAAUAUGCGUCGCUUGCAUCAUUUUCGCCGUGGCAUCCGCCUUAAUGACCUAUUUCGUCUUACGUACCCUCCGUCGCAUGAACUGUCGCCCGAAAUAUUUGCCUGGAAAAUUCCUAAAGGACAAAUGGAAUAGGUGGAACGUGGGCGUCUCAUACGGUCAGGUCCCCGGGGCGAAUAAUCCAAAUGCGAACACCAGAGACACGCCCGCCGAAGGAGGCUCGGAGAUGCGAACUACCACCCCGGCCGCCAACAAUACGAGCAAUGUUCGACGGGAUACAUCGGUUCGCUCGGUCAUCACCCUUCCCGCCUACUCGCCCAGUCCCAAGCCAACGGAGCAGGUCAUCGCUCGAGAGGGGGAGCGAGCAGGCAUGGACAUGGUUGUCGAGUUCCCCGAAACAGCUGAAGAGGAGGAAUCCCGCAGAGAAGAGCUGAUGGAGUCUCUCUACCAAAUCCGUUUGCAACGGCGAGAGGAGAUAGCCGACCGUGAAUGGCGGCGACAGGAGCGCCGGGAGGCUCGUGCUCGUGGGGACUAUAUUCGCCUUGAAGAACUCCGGCAGGAGAGUCGGGCCCGCGCGAGAAGCAGCGCGUCUGCCAAUGGAAGUGGUUCAAACCUCAGCGCGGCUCUGGCGGAAUCUCGCAACCGGGGUCGCGAUAGGCGUAUCUCCAGUGUCUCUUAUGCAGAACUGGGCCACGUGCGGCAUGACGGGUCGCGUAUCAGAGCCACGUCGCCCGAUUCGGACCGUCGUCCUCUUCUCACCGAUGCAUCAGCGCCCGAUCGAUCCUCAGGAUCGAUUCUCACCGGCGUUCAUUCUCGAGGCGAGUCGUACUCGUCGUAUCAGUCUGGGGUAUCCAACGUCUCCGAUGCGGAGACUUUGACUCAGGUGCAAUCGCAUGCGGCGUCUGCUCAUUCGGCUGAUCGCCCGUCAAUAACGGUCGACGAGGGUGAUGUGGGUGAACUCAACAUCCCGCCGCCUGAGUACGAGGUCCUGGAAUGGGGAGAAGCGCCACCUUAUACGAGCCCAAUCGCGGAGAGGGGCGAGCAUGCGCCGCAGCUUCGUGAUUUGACCCCCCUGCCAACCAUCCAUAUCGAUGUGGCCAGCCCUAUCAGCAACACUCCCACCACGCCCACGAAUCCUCUGCGGGAAGAGGAGCCGGAAGAGCAACAAACCGCCGAACAACAUACCGAACAACCUGCCACCACCACUCAACCCAUCACUGAAGAGCGUGUCGAAGAACACCCUGCUUCUGAAUCAGCCGAAACACACCUCUUGAGGGAUGACACUCAUAGUCACUAG